AUGGCCUCUUCCACAACCGUAAAAACGACAGGCACAAAUCAGGUAGUUCAAGCACAGGUACCAUCAGGUCUUCGCUAUCCAUCAAGCGGCAAGACUAUCUUUCAUCGUCCCUUAAACCGCAGCAGAAUAGCCGAAUUGAGUCAAGCUAGCUUUGCUUAUCUAUUCGGAGAAAUGGUGGGAUAUGCACAGAAGCGUGUGACGGGCAUUCAGGAUCUAGAGAAACGUCUAAACAUUCAAGGAUAUCCCAUCGGUCUUAAGCUACUUGACCUUUUAUUGUAUCGCGAACCUUCCCGCUCCCAAAGCCGACCAUUGAAUAUCAUUGCGCUUCUCCAAUUUAUAACAACCACCGUGUGGCGACAUCUAUUCUCGCGCUCUGCUGACGCACUGGAAAAGUCAUCUAACCCAAAAACUCCUGACGAGUAUAUGAUAAGUGAUAACGAGCCGGUGGUGAACCAGUACAUAAGCGUGCCAAAAGAGAUGAAUCAACUAAAUUGUGCUGCAUUUGUUGCAGGAAUUAUCGAAGGAGCCUGUGACGGAGCAGGAUUCCCAGCAAGAGUUACUGCGCACAGCGUAGGAAAAGGCGAAGAGGGUGAGCUCUGGCCAGGAAAGACAGUAUUUUUAAUCAAAUUCCAACCAGAGGUGCUCACACGAGAAGCCUUUGUGGGAAAGACUUGA